AUGGCUCGAACGAUCUGGCGACACAGCGCCACGUCCUCACCGUAUGGGGACUCACCGACUGCGAUGGGGAGGAACUCGGCGGAGGCAGCGCGGCGGGAGACGAUCGACCUCGAGGAUAUAAGCGCACACAUCCGGGCCUCGCACGGGGGUGCCGCCGCUCCCACACGGCCGUGGUCGCGGAGGACGGACGGGACGACGGAUUUCUACGGCGCACGGCGGAGCAUCGACAGCGAGCGGACGGCGGACGACAUCAGGGACUGGCCGCGGUACGCCAAGAUGGAGAAGGCCGGGUCUGCGUUCCCGUCGCCGCUAGGUACCAGCGUCUCGCAGACGAACUUCCUGCACCCGCCGACGCCGGACGCCAUGGACAGCAGCGCCAGCGCGGCCUCGUUCGACCGGAAGCGGGACGAGUUCAACGACACGAUACACCUGACGUCCAACGCGCCGCCGGGGGCCGAGGGGAGCAAGGCGGGCAGCAGCUUCCUGUGGUGGACGUGGGCGCUGUGGCUGCUGGGCGCGCUGAUGGUGACGCUGACGGGGCUGUACUCGACGGGGUCGGCCAAGGCGCUGAUGAAGCAGAGCUUUUUCGUUGCGUCGCCGCAGAACUCGAUUCUGCUGCUGCGCGUGCUGACGGAGCUUUGCGCCGUUGUGUUGGCGGCGCUGGUGGUUGUCGUGGUGGAGGAUCUGCAGUGGGCUCUGGCCUCGAGGCCUGGGGGCGUGAGCCUGUUGCACUUUGUCGGAUUGGAUUCCGGGACGGGGGUGUGGGGGCUGUUGAGGCUUUUGGCCACGGCGGAUUGGAAGGAGAAGUACUCGAGUCUGUUUCGGUUAUUGGUUAUUUGCUCGAUUCCCCUGCCCGGUAUCAUUCUCAUGGGUGCCAUCUCCAUCGAAAUGGUCACAUUCCCCGAGAAGACGUACCCAGUAUCUGCCGGCAUCGGCCCUUUUAAUGCUUCUAAUGUCUAUCAUGUCCGAAACUCGACGGCGACCGCUUUGCUGGUGCAGAUGGGCAGUCCCGCCUGGUCCGACCGAGACUCCUUCUCUCUGGACCCCCUGACCAAGGGCGUCGGGAAGUGCACGGGGCCGGACGGCAACUGGGCUCCCUGUGAUGAAUCGCAUCUCCUCACUGGCGGCGUCGUCGCCAUUGCUCCGCAAACAGACGACCUGAAGCAGCUCCCGGGGUCUGCAUCCUACGUUGUUCCCAAGACGAGAGUCGUCCAGCUCGAGUACGGAAAGGUGCCGGAUCUCGAGAACCUCCGCAAGACCGGCAAGUGCUUCCUUCUCGGAGCCGCCAGCGCCGCGUCUUACUGGUGUGCCAAGACCGGCGAUAACAACGCACUCCUUUUCGGCUCCGCAUACUGCCCAAUCUCCAUGCAGGCCACGAGCUCCUGCAUCAACGACACAACCUGGACCAGCAAACUCGAAAUCUCCUCCUCCCUCUUCGUCUACUCGCGCCUCGCCACCAUCACCUACGACCGCGGCAACUUCUCCAUCCUCGCCGUGACCGACAUGACGCCCGCGAAGCAGGACAUCAUCACCCUCGACGACUACAUGCUCUCCCUCUCCGCCGUCGUGCCCGGCUUCAACGCGACGAGCAGCCAGGACGCCACCAAGGGCGACAACUCGGCCCUCGCCAUCUACGCCGUCACCGCGCUGCCCAUCAACGACUCCGAGGUCGCCAAGAAGCAGUCCCUCAAGGCCAUCCGCAAGGCCAUGUCCGUGCCCUUCCACUACUUCCACUCAAACUAUUUCUCCAACGGGCCCUCCAUCUGGGAGCUGACCGGCCCGCGCGAGGGCCUGCCCGCGGACAUGUACACCGACCUCUCCAUCUCCGUGCUCAGCCAUCAGGUCGUCGCGGGGAAGGUCAGCAGGGUGCUCUUCGUGCUCGUCAGCAGCACGAUUCUGUGUCUGUCGGCGGCGAUCAUCGUCGCGACGUCGCGGGUGUGCGAGAAGAGGCCGGAGCGGUGCGGGUACCCGACGCUCGACUUUGCGGCGGUGUGCGCCGUCCGGGGAAUGCAGCCGGCGCCGGCGGGGUGGGACCAGGAGAGGCAGGACGGGACGGGCGGCCCCGGUGCUGGUCCCGGAGGUCCCGGUGGCGGCGGACACACGCUGCACAAGAGCCUCACGCAGCUGGGGCAGAAGCCGAAGCCGUUUGACGUUGCGAAGAAUAUCAAGAACGACCGCCAUCAAAGAAGUGGCAGCAGCGACACCGGAGAGCCGCAAACUGUAACUGGCAAAGCGGCAGAUCCGAUCCGAUCCCGACUGGACAAUCACGGCGUCAAGGGUGAGGCAUCGAAUGCGGGGGGCAACGUGGACGCGCGGGGAAGCCCCUUGCUUCCCGCUGCAAAGCGUCCGGUUCCUCGUUGGGUUCGCUGCGUCAGCCGUCCGAUCUAUAUGACAGCAAACCACCACCUCCACGACGACGAGAAAGUCGACGACGUCGAGCGCGCCGCAGGCACAACGACAAGCAGCUCCGACUCCAUCAGCAGCAACAAUGAGGUGACCGCAAACCCACCCGCCUCCGCCGCCAAGGCCGAGGCCUCAACACCGGAGACGGGUCCCACCGCCGGCGAGACAAAGCAAGACGUAGCUCCGGAAGCCGCCACCACCACCGCAGCUGACGCCGACGCCGACGCCCCGGAAGCCGGACGCACCAAGCUCGAGACGACGCUCAUCGUGCUGUCCCUGUGCGCGGCGCUCUUCCUCGCCGCGCUGGACGUGACCAUCAUCACCACGGCCGUGCCGACCAUCGCGCAGGAGUUCAACAGCAACAUCGGCUACAUCUGGAUCGGCUCCGCGUACCUGCUCGCCAACGCCGCCUUCGUGCCGACCUGGGGCAAGAUCUCGGACAUCUGGGGCCGCAAGCCCGUGCUGCUGUCCGCCGUCGGCGUGUUCUGGGUCGGCUCGCUGCUCUGCGGGCUGGCGGUGGACAUGGCGAUGCUGAUUGCCGCGCGCGCGAUCCAGGGCAUCGGCGGCGGGGGCAUCAUUGUGCUGGUGAAUAUUUGUAUUAGUGACUUGUUCUCGAUGAGGCAGCGCGGGGUGUAUUUCGGCGUCAUGGGCAUGGUGUGGGCUGUUGCGUCGGCCGUGGGACCUGUUAUUGGGGGCUUCUACAUCAACCUCCCCAUCUCUGGCGUCGGCAUCAUCAUCCUCUUCUUCGUGCUCAAGCUGCACAACCCGCGGACGCCCGUCGUCAAGGGGCUCAAGGCAAUCGACUGGAUCGGCACGGUCACAAUCAUCGGCGGCACCAUCAUGUUCCUCUUCGGCCUCGAGUUCGGCGGCGUCACCUACCCCUGGAGCUCGCCGACCGUCAUCUGCCUCAUCGUCUUCGGCGUCCUCACCAUCGGCCUCUUCACCGUCAACGAGUGGAAGUACGCCCGCUACCCCGUCAUCCCGAUGCACCUCUUCAGCGACUGGUCCAACCUCGCCGCCUUCGCCACCUCCUUCUGCCACGCCUUCGCCUUCAUCUCCGGCUCCUACUGGCUGCCGCUCUACUUCCAGGGCGUCCAGGGCGUCUCCUCGCUGCUCUCGGGCGUCUACCUGCUCCCCUACGUCCUUUCGCUCUCGCUCAUGUCCGCGCUCGCGGGCUACGUCAUCCGCAAGACGGGCAACUACCUCUACCUCAUCAUCGCGGGCAUGGCCGUCGCGACGCUCGGGUUCGGGCUCUUCCACGACCUGCCGCUGCAGCGCAACUUCACCAAGAUCGUGCUGUACCAGAUCGUCGCGGGGCUCGGCAUCGGGCCGAACUUCCAGUCGCCGCUGAUCGCCGUGCAGACGUCCGUCGAGCCGCGCGACAUCGCGGCCGCGACGUCGACGUUCGGCUUCAUCCGCCAGAUGGCGACGUCCAUCUCCGUCGUGAUCGGCGGCGUGGUGUUCAACAACGAGAUGCAGAAGCAGCACCCGCGCCUGCUGGCGGAGCUGGGCCCGGAGCUGGCGGCGCUGCUGUCCGGGUCGAGCGCGGCGUCGAGUGUGGGCGUCGUGGCGGGGCUGCAGGGCGAGCAGGGCCAGAUUGCGCGGGGCGCGUAUUUGAAUAGUUUGCGGACGAUGUACAUUGUGUAUGUCGCGUUUGCGGGGCUGGGGCUGGUGAUGAGUUUGUUCAUACGGCAGAAGCAGCUGAGCAAGAAGCACACGGAGCACCGGACGGGUUUGAAGACGUUGAGGAGCCGGACAGGGAAGUAG